UGAUGUGCUUUUCAAUCAGCCUGCCAAGAGAGCGAGUGAUUUUGAGACGCUGAGAAAUUCACGCCAUGCCAUCUCACCCUUUUUCCUAAACUCCCCGCUGAAAACUACAAUGCCCAGAAUGCUGUACGUGAGAGGUGACAAAACCGCGGCGCCCGGAAGGCUGCUGGGAGUCGUAGUUCGGUAUCCCAGGGAAGGCGUGGAUUCUCUUUGGUCUCUCCUCGUCCGGGGAAAGGAAAGGGGCGGGGGGCUGAAACAACAUCAGAAAUGCUGCUGUUGAGCGGAAAGGUCGGCUCGUGGGGGAGCGGUGCUCUGCGCAAGGACCUCCGUGCCCUCCUCUGCUCAUGUCGCGCACACGUUGCCAGCCAAGGCAAAGUUGAUCGUGGCAUCGGCAGCCCCACUCAUUGCCGUGAAUUCCGCGAUCGUGGCCGCCAGUCCACGCGUUGGUGCAGAGGGUUAGGGGGGACUACUACUCCAUAUUGGCACCCGGGUGUGGGCACCACCCGGAAUCUAGCUUACCGUUGUUGCUACGAAUUUAAAGGCCGCCCGAUAGGACAUGAGCUCCAGUGUCGCUACCAGGAAGUGAGUGCGUGCCUUACUCUGUCUGAAUGUUGUCAACAAGGUGUGGGUGCCCUUUGGAUCCAGAAGAAUCAGAACCAGGCUUUCAAUGGGACCUUAGCCCAUCCCAACUCUAAAUGGCAAAGUAUCAGUGCCAUCCCCAAGCGUUCUUGGCUCUCUAGAAUCGAUGCAAGGUGUCACAGCCAAACUGUGGCUAGCCAGCAUGGUACUCUUCUACCCUGGUGGCGCCCACGGCAUGCUGCCUUUGCUCCUGCUUGCAGGAUCGGUGCUCACAGUUAUCGAACAGGUCCCCUCGCAGAAGCUGAGCAUCAUGUGGUGGAUCUGCGCAGUGAUACAGUGACUCGGCCCAGCUCUGAAAUGAGGCAAGCUAUGGCCCAGGCAGAGGUGGGAGACGAUGACUACGGGGAGGACCCCACAGUCAAUGAGCUGCAGAGUUUAGUUGCUGACCUCCUGGGAAAGGAAGAAGCUUUAUUUGUACCCACGGCCACCAUGGCUAAUCUCAUUGCUGUCAUGUGUCACUGUCGCAGGCGAGGAGCACAGCUUCUGCUUGGGAGGGAGGCCCAUAUCCAUAUUUUUGAGCAUGGAGGGGUUGCACAGGUGGCUGGAGUCCAUUCAGAGACAUUGCAGGACCUGCCAGAUGGGACUAUAAGUCUUGAUGAACUGGAGCAUAAGAUCCAGCAGACCUAUAGAAGUCAGUACCACCCUCGGCCUGAGCUUAUCUGCCUUGAGAAUACACAUUGCUCAGCAGGAGGACGGAUCCUUCCCCUUCAGUACCUGCAAGAGGUUCAUAAGCUUGCCCACCAAUAUGAAUUGAAGAUACACCUGGAUGGUGCCCGGAUGCUUAAUGCUGCAGUGGCCCUGGGAGUCCUGCCAAAUCAAAUCACCCAGCACUGUGAUUCCGUCACUUUGUGUCUCUCUAAGGGUGUGGGCGCACCAGCUGGGGCCCUGCUAGCCGGACAGAGAGAAUUCAUUGUCGAAGCCUGGCGUGUGCGGAAGCUUCUCGGAGGUGGGAUGCGCCAAGCGGGGGUUCUGGCAGCAGCUGCCCUUGUUGGAUUGAGACACAUGGAGGAAAUACUGCAGAGGGAUCACACCAAUGCUAGAAGCUUUGCUGAAGGAGUCUGCAACCUUGGAUCUCCACUCUGCUCUGUAAACCCAGCCUCUGUGGAGACCAAUAUCGUCAUGAUGACAACGCCAGCACCUUGGCUAGGUCCUGCCAAACUAUGUGAGCUCAUGGAAGCUGUGAGUGCAGAGGAAGUUGCUACCACAGGCCAAGCCAUUAGUGUGCGGCUUUUCCCAUGGGGUGAGCGUUCCCUGCGUGCUGUCUGGCACUGUGAUGUCUCUGCUCAUGACACGCAGUUGGCUGGGAACAAGUUGUGUUUUGUACUGGACAAGUGUGAGUGGGAACGUACACAUGUAUGCUGAAGCCUGAUGUAAAUUGGCAUUUCUGAGAAUGUAUGUAAACCUGUGAUUGGUCAGUGCUGGCUUGGCUAGAGGAGGUAGGAGCCAUAACAUACUAGCACAGGUACAAAGAAAAGCUGGUGUUCAGGGCUUCUGUUCCAGCUCAACCACUCUUUCAUCUUUACUGGAAACAUUGCUGGAUAUUUGGCUGAAUCAACCCAUGACAAAAAGCCAACAGCCUCUCUCUUCCAUUAUAAAAAUAAACAGCUUUCCACAUAAGGGGCUCUAGUCACCGUUGAAGGAGAGGUUUUAUAAAAUUAUGUAUCACACAUGACACCACCAAACUGGCAAAGAUGUAUAAAACUGUUUCAAAUAAGUGUUGGAAAUGCGACCAUCAAGAGAGGACAUUUUAUCAUUUGUGGUGAACUUGUGGGAAAGCAAAACAAUUUUGGAGGUCUACUUAAUAAUUCAAAAGAUUUUAAAGACUAAUGUACAAAAGAGGCUUAUCUGUUGGGACUUAUGAACAGAUCUUUGGAAAGAGAACGUGGAACUUUGUUUUUAUACGUGACAGCAGCAACAAGAAUAGUAUAUGUGCAGAAAUGGAAAAGCUAUUUCUACAAUUGAUUAAUAGUGGGUGAAAGUGUCAGAGCUGGCCAAGUUAAUUUCAUUACUUAAAGAAAAGAACUUAACUAAGUCCAUCAAUAAUUGGAAUCCUGUGAUAGUAUAUCUAGACCAAAUAGAAAAAAUAAAUUGAUACCUAGUGAUUUUGAAGGUUAAGGACUGUUGAAAUAAAAUCCAAUACAGAAAAGUGAGACUUUUUAUUAAUAAUGGUGGUAAAGAUUUAAUUUCAUUUUGAUGCUUAAUGGCCAAGUGCUGAAAGUGUAGGAUUUAAGGGUUAAUAUUCAGUGUAGAAGAAAUUGGAAAUCUAUAUGAAAUAAAUACUUUAUAAUUUGGUGAA